AUGGCUGUCCCAUCUGCGCAAAACGGACACAAACAUGGAUUAAAUCACUUUUAUUUGAAGACAGACGCUUUGGGAACAGGAUCGUCACUAGAGGAUGCAACUUUGUGGCCCAGACCUUUGGCUCGAAAAUGGUUCGUGGGUCUGUUCCUGGGCACCUGCCUGCUGUACUGUGCGAGGAUGGCCAUGCCAAUCUGUGCCGUCACCAUGGCCACCACCUUCCACUGGACCAAGACCGACACCGGGGUCGUGCUCGGGAGCUUCUUCUGGGGCUACUGCAUCACUCAGAUCCUGGGAGGACACGUCAGUGAUGAGGUGGGUGGAGAGCGGGUCCUCCUGAUGUCCGCCGUGUCCUGGGGCCUGGUUGCGGCCGUGACUCCUCUGAUGUCCCGGGCCUCGUCUCACGCCCUGUUCCUCAUGACAGCUGCUCGCUUCCUCAUGGGCUUGCUGCAAGGGGUUUUCUUCCCGUCUCUGGCCAGCAUGUGCUCGUAUCGGGUGGUCAAAGCCGAAAGAGGCUUUUUGAUGAGCAUUUUAAACAGUGGCACUUAUCUGGGGACGCUGGUGGCCGGGGGUCUGGGCUCCGUCAUGCUGCAGAACUAUGGAUGGGAAUAUCUGUUUUACUGCAUUGGUUUUGUCAGCUGCCUCUGGGCGCUUUUCAUCUGGUAUUCUUUGGUGAAAGGAAAGGAGAUGGUCAGACAGAAGCCGCGCAAGUCAAACCUGAGAUGGCUGAGUCUCAUAAAGAAGCCCCCAGUCUGGGCCAUGGUGGUCGCUCACACGUGCUCGGCCUCCACCUUCUACACACUGUUGUCCUGGCUGCCCACCUACUUUGAAGAAUCCUUUCCAAACGCAAAGGGAGGAGUCUACAACACUGUCCCAUGGUUGGCUGCCAUCCCGGCCAGUCUGGUGGGGGGCUGGGCCUCGGAUUUCCUCAUUGCUAAAGGAUACCCAGUGGUGAACGUGAGAAAGGUCAUGCAGGUUAUUGCGAUGGGAAUCCCAGUCCUUUUCAUUUUACCCAUGUCCAACACUGCCCACUUACCCACUGCAGUGACGCUGUCCACUGUGGCCAUAGCAGCGACCACCUUCUCCAGUGGAGGUGUGUCUGUGAACGUGCACGAUCUCACUCCGUCGUGUGCUGGCGCCCUCUAUGGUUUUAUGAACAUGAUGGGGGCUUUAUCAGGAGUGGUGACCGUGUCUCUGUCUGGAUACCUGAUUGAAGUGACGCAGACCUGGGCACCAGUCUUCUCUCUCUUUGCUUUGAUAAACUCCUGCGGUUUGGGAGUUUACUUGGUUUUUGCAGAUGCUCAACGCCUGGACCAGCAUAGCUACAGCCCAGUCACUGUCAUCUGA